AUGGAUCGGUUGAUUGAACUAUUGACCGAGACUGCACAGCGGAUCGAGGCCAGCGAGCACGACAUUACUCGAUUCAGCAUAACUCGUGAGGUCGACAAGAAGACGACUGAACCAACCAACACGCUGGUGUUGAUAGAGACAUAUAAGUCUCGAGCGACCUUUGAACGCCAUUUCCAGGCACCGCAGUAUGCCGAAUUCCAAGAAGUCCUGAAGCGCGAAGACAUUAUCGACUUUAGCGACCCAAAUGAAGCAGAGAUCAGGACUGUCAGAUAUGUGUCCGGGCACUGGUAG